UACGUCCUGUAUCAGAGUUCAACAUGCGGGUUUCACUUUAAACGAGUCCGUGUACCAUGUGGCUAGUUUUAACGACAAAAUCCUCGUUUCUGUAGCUUUCUGUCUGUCUGUCUGUUGUUUGUCCGUUUUCGCUUUGAUCAUGUCUGUGAACGCAUCACAACUGGAGCUGAACCAGCUCAUCUACCGCCAUUUGAAGGAGCAUGGUUUCCUUUCAGCUGCAGAGGAGCUUCAGAGGCACAGCCCACAGGUCAACACAGUGCUCACAGACAUAAUGGUGGAGUCAAAACCAUCAGUCUCUUUAUUAGACAUCUACAAAUCAUGGUUAAAGAAUCCCAAAAAAGAAAAGGUGUCCAAAAUCAGAAAAAUGCUCGAAAUCAGGAAAACAAAAGUACUCCCUCUAAAGCCAAGACUGCCUCAACAAGGAAGAAGACGGAUAAACCAGCUAAAAUCCCAGCUUCACCAAAGAAGUCCGUUCCAGCGAAAAGAAAAAGAAGUGACGAAAAGCCAAGCCGAAGUGUUAAAGCAAAGAAAUCUAAGCCUAACACAAUGGAGAAAGCUUCUGGUGACGAAUCAGACUCCGACAGCAGUCUGGAUAUAGAGAAGUGGAAGAAAUUACUCAACCAGUUGACAGAGGUCGACGUUGCCAAGAUGGAAACCAUCAACGCUCUGGCCUCUGAAUCGCAACCCAAGAAAAAGAGAGGCAGAAAGCCGCAAGCCAAACCUCUGUCCGAAGCUGACGCUCCUGUCCAGCAAAAUGGUGAGACAAUUGGACAGAAUGAACAGGGCAUAGAGAAAGUUGGGACACAAACGCCGACAAAGAAGAAUGCAGCAAAAAGGAGCAAGAAAGAAAAUCCAGCACCUGUGUCCUCCCCGAGCAAGCAGAGUCCGAAUAAAAGAGUAAAAAGUGUAGAGGACAAGCAGGCUUCAUCCGAACUCCCUGAGAAAUUUGAAAAACAAACAGAAUUACAAGAAAUGUUGGUCCCUGUGAAUGCAAAAGAUGCAAUGGCACAAGAAACCAAAAAAAAGAAGAAGAAAAAGAAAGAAAAGGAGGACAAGAUAGAGGGGAGUGCAAAUGAGACAAAUAGUGAUGGAAAAGACAGCAAAGAAAAAAGGAGUGAAAUCACUGAGCAGGAGGAUGCUGGUAAGACAGAAGGAGCAAAGAGAACGACUAAAGAAGGAAAGAUGGAAGAGAGAGGCAGUGACGAUGACAACAUUUCUGAGUUAAGCUUACAGAAAAAGAAAGCGAAAAAGAAGGAAAAAGACAAAUCCAGCAGCGAGGAAGGUUUAGCUCAAAUAGACAAAGAGAAGAAAAUGAUGGUUGUUGGUGAAGAAAAUUUGAAACAACCAGAUAAAAUAAUAAAACCUGGUAAACCACAGAAAAAAGAAAAUAACAAUAUGGAGGGUAAUUUAGAAUAUGUGAGUGUGGGGGAGGAAGGAAGUGGUGUGCAAAACAUUGAAGAAAUAGAGAAUUCUAAGGAAAUGGUAACAAAAGAGAAAACCAGUAGUGAGGAAUAUUCGGCUGAAAUGCAUAAAAAGAAAGCAAAGAAAAAGAAAGACAAAAGCGUUAUGGAGGAAAAUUUAGAGCAUGGAAGCUAUGGCAGUAGAAGAAAAUGUUGAAGACGAAUACAAUUCAGAGCAAAUGGGUGGGAAAAAGAAAUCAAAGAAGAAGAAAAGAGAGCCUCUUGGCUGCAAAGAAUUCCCAGAGGAAGUAGUUCAAGAAAAGAAAGCAAAAAAGAAGAAUGAGAAGUCUGAUGAAAAUGAUUUAGUUGAAGAAGAGAAACCAAAAGAUGACGAUGAUCAUACGAAUAAUAAAUGUACAUUAGAGACGGACGAGGGGAGUCUGGAAAUCACAAGUCCUCUGAAAAAGAAGAAAAAGAAAAACAAAUUAAAAUCAGACGAGGCUCCAGAGGAAGCUGAAAUUUCGACAACACAAUCUAACUCAGCUGACGUCCACAAAAAGAAAAAGAAAUCCAAGAGGACAGAGUCGUGAGAAGAAUUGACUCCUUAACCCAGUAGAAGCUCUUAAUGAAGCUACGCAUCAUUUCUAACCAGAACUACAUGGGUUAGAAAGUCAGCAUAAAAAAACAUGUAAAUAAAAUGGACAUUUUAAUUUUUGUACUAUUUGUACUUUUUUUAAUUAUUUUUAGGCACUGUAUCACGUAAAGGUGUGUAUUUACAACAUGUCAUGUUUUGUAUCUGAUAUUAAAUUUCUGAUCUCAGAGUUAACUUCAUAUGUUGGUUCAAGGACUGCAAUUGAAAAAAAUGUGUCCCUGUACAUUUUUACUCAUCUGUUGAUAUUUAUUCACUCCUCUGCCACUAGGAUUUUGUGGCCAAGAAAACAUCUCUCAAUUAUUUUUUUUUUUACCAUCUUUGUGUUCAUAAAAAAAUUACUGUUUAGUGUUUAAGGUGUUUUUAAAAACUUUGUCAAAAAAGAUUAUUUUGUUGCAAGUUUUGGUGUACAUUGCAUAUAAAUGUUUUAAUGCAAAAUAAACAUUAUAGUUUUGUAUU